AUGUCCAUCGAUAAGCAAGAGCAAUCUCAGGAACAUUCAGAUGACUCAGUAGCUUCUACCCCGGAAAAUGGCGGAGAGCCCACACCUGCGCCUCAAGACACUCAACCAGUGAAGCGAAAAGGUGGCCGAAAACCUAUAUAUGCUACCUCAGAAGAACGCAAGCAAAGGAACCGCCAAGCGCAAGCAGCCUUUAGAGAGCGGCGCACGGAAUACAUCAAACAGCUUGAGGACACUAUACGGGUUCACGAGUCGAAUCUGACUAACCUGCAAGCGGCCCAUCGCAGCGCUGCGGAGGAAUGUCUGAUGUUACGGUACAAGAAUUCUCUCUUAGAACGAAUUCUUCUCGAAAAAGGCAUCGAUGUUCAAGCUGAACUUCAGGCUAAAACCGGCAGUCCCAACCUUGGCCCGACACACAUGCCUCAGAAUAUGAUGCAACCACCACCUAUACAACGGGCCAUUCUCAACAGGCACCACAACUCACGUAGGUCAACGUCGAGUAUUGCACCAAAACUCGAACCCGGUGUCACAUCGGUGCCAGCUCAGGUCAACAUCCAACCAUCAGUAGCUUCGCCGAAGGCUCGGCCGACACCACCAUCUCAUGCAGCUUCACCAACCAACCCAACACCGUCAUAUAACGGUCACAUUUCAACAGCCUCCCCUACGGCUGUGGCUCCGGAUCAUGGAACUAUACGGACAACAAUGCCUCCCCCGAUGAAGCAACCCAUGGCACCUAUGUCCGGAAUACUACCUAACCCCCGCCAACAGCUGAUGCAGCAGCAACAACAACAACACCAACACCAACACCAGACCACUUCCGGGCCUAGACCGCCUUCGAUAUACCCAAGCUCAUCAUUUCAAAGCCAUUUCCAGCAGCUCGGCAAGUUUGCCCGUUUCUUUGUUUUUACAGAACAGGAGUACGAUGCGUCAACCGACAUGAUGGAAGAAGCCGAGUCGGAGGCACCGCCCCAAAACCCGUAUGCGCCUGGUUAUUCGGUUCCUCCUCCACCCAGUCUCUCUAUGCAGACACAGACAAGUGCGCCAUCUGGACAGCCGCCUGCAAAUGCUACAGAUCAUGGUGGACAGACCCAAGGCCAGAAUUAUCCGAGCAUGACUCAACUACUCGAUCCUGCCUUAGACUGGGACCCUUUUGGCCUUAGCGCGUCCAUGGCUUUUCCGACUCAGUUUUCCUUCGACACAAGCAACAUGAGGUAA